CUCCUAUAUAUCUACGCAUGCGACUGGGAACUGGGUCAUACGACAAAUGACGAUCACCUUGUUGGUGUUUCCAUCGGGUAAACGACGCCAGCGCUGUAUGCAUGCCGGGUGACUUUAUGACCGAUCAAUACGGGAAGCCCGAAGCGGUACCCUAAUAACAUCAAAGCGUCGUGGGAUCCCAGACCGGCCCUAGAGUAGACAGAUCAACAAUUAUUUGUGGAGUAGUAGGACACCGGUCUGAUGGAGCGGUCAGGAAUGUUGGCUCAAGCCUGGUGUCCUCAUUCUUUUAUUCGGGCGUUUCCGAGUACUACUACCACGAGAUACGACGCCCUCCAAUCCAGCAAGGGCCCAUACACCACCUAUCGUAUGGCUAAGCGCAAACGCCGAGUUGUGGAACUCGAUCGGCGAGUAUAUCUAUCCCGAAGAUUAUUUGACUGUGCAGAGUAUGUUCAGAGUCGUCAUCUGGCUGACUUCCUCUGCAAGUUGAAGGCUCGACUGGUUGUAGUUGCAGCUGAGCCACACCCUGGGUAUGACAACAUUCCUGUGUCUAUUGCCGCCCGCAAACACUCUGGCAUGUAUGCCUUGGUCAUGGGACUUUACUUUCCCUGCCAGCCAGCGUUUUCGCUUACUACAAUCACUCCAGGGCUGACUAUGUCACAUCCCUCACUGAAUACGCCAGUGGCGGCGCAGUAAUGCUACCUGACAAGCCAAGCGUGGCAGUCACCUCAGCAUGCGUGAAUAUCAUUCUUUGGGA